UCGAGGCUGCAUCUUUAAUUUUCAGAUUUAACCAUAAUUUGUUUUGGUUUUUCCUUUUUGACGAAUUUCAGGAAAGAGAAUCAUCCCGUACUAAAACCACGUCAUAAUUAAGCCAGAAAAAAGCAGAGAAAAAUGCUUUAAAAACUGUUCUCAUUAUCAUUUCACAGAGUAAGCUCGAGUUCCCCAAACCCUAACCCCACACAUUUCCCAUUUUCGUCUUGCUGUCUCGAUGGAGAGCUACGGGUCGGGUUCAAGGCCGUACGGAGCGGAUCGGCGGAUGGAGAUAGUUAGCGGAAAGAACACGAGUGUCGUUGCAUCCAAUCAGAUACCGCCCGUUCCGGCUCGGACGAGUCAAGCGUCGACGAACUCGAAGCCGUGGGGUUUUACGGAUCCCGAGAUGAAGAGGAAGAAGAGGAUAGCGAAGUACAAGGUCUACACUGUUGAAGGGAAAAUGAAGGCUACUUUGGGGAAAGGUUUUCGUUGGAUCAAGAACAAGUGCUCGCAGAUCGUCCGUGGAUAUUAAAAAGCGGCGGAAGCUACGGCUCAGAUUGUGUACACGUCGGAUGGAGAGUGGGACCCGAUGAAAUCGACGGUUUAGACAUUUUUGGGCUAAAAACAAAACAAAACAAAAACUUGGUAAGUAA